UCCAUGCACAGCCGUGGUCUCAGUCUUGCUGGAGCUUGAAGAUGCUGAAAGAGCGUCUGGAGAUGGCAGAAGAUCCUCAGCAGCAGAUGGGUGCUCCAGUGGUGAAACUGGAGAAGGAGCUGCCAUGGGGCCGGGGAGGGGAGGACUCAAGUCCUGAGGCAUUCCGGCUGAGGUUUCGGCAGUUCCGCUACCAAGAGGCUGCUGGUCCCCAGGAAGCUCUCAGGGAGCUCCAGGAGCUCUGUCGGCGGUGGCUGAGGCCGGAGCUGCACACCAAGGAGCAGAUCCUGGAGCUGCUGGUGCUGGAGCAGUUCCUCACCAUCCUGCCCUGCGAGUUCUACACCUGGAUCCGAGAUCACAGCCCAGACAGCGGCAAGGCUCUGGUGGCCAUGGUGGAGGACCUGAUGGAGAGCACACCUGAGGCCAAGGCGGUUCCAUGCCAUGCCCAGGGAGAGCAGCUGGUCACAGCCCUUGGUGGAGGAUCUUGGCAAUCAAGCAUCCACUUGGGGCCAGUAGAAGUCAAACCUGAGUGGGGGAUACUUCAGGGAGACGGAGUUCAAAGCUUAGGCCCAAGCACUGCAGAACAGCUGAGCCAGGGCCCUGGAGACGGGACACAGGCCUUCCAGGAGCAAGGUAAGAUGCAGGUGAUGAGGAUGGGAGGUCCUGUCCACCCCCAGUCUCUUCAGAAACUCAGCACUGGUGCCAGGCAGGGUGGUGCACACCUUUAA